AUGGCUACAGAGGUCAGGACCCAAUUGACUGAACAUCCACUGAUGAGUCCAAAGGCUGAGCUGAAGACAGAGAAGAAAUCAGGGUCCAGGCCACGGAGCCACGGGGACAGCAGGCCACAGAAGGAGCUGGUGAUUCCAGGCAUUGUGGAUUUCGAGCUGACCCAAGAGGCAGUGAGGGCCCCCAAGGCCCAAACCCCUGGUACCUACCGCUUUGGGCGCCUCAGCCACCACUCCUUCUUCUCCCGGCACCACCCCCACCCCCAGCACGUGACCCACAUCCAAGAUCUCACCGGGAAGCCCGUCUGUGUUGUCCGGGACGAGUUCUCUCUGGCCCCAUUGCCUCCGGCCCUGAUCUUACCCCGCUGUCUGAUGGGGAUGCCCACCAUCUCUGUCCCCAUUGGAGACCCACAGUCCAAUCGGGACCCUCGGCUUUCUUCUGAGACCUGGAAGAGGGAGUUAAAGGACCUGGCUUCCCGGGUGGCCAUCUUCACCAAGGAGAAUGAGAUAAAGAACAAAGAGGAGAAAGAUCAAAAGGAGGAGCUGCAGCGAGAGCAGGGAGCAAAGUACUCAGCUGAGACUGGGAGGCUCAUCCCAGCUUCCACCCGUGCCAUCGGCCGCCGCAACUCCCGCCAGGGUCAGCACAGCCACCCUUCAGGCCGAGAUGGAGGCGUCCAGACAUUUGUCCUGCAGGACCAGGAGCUGCUGAUCCUGGAGCUCCUCUCCCAGAUCCUGCAAACAGACUCACUAAGCGCCAUCCAGUUCUGGCUCCUCUCUGCUCCCCCAAAGGAAAAGGACCUGGCGCUGGGGCUCCUGCAGACAGCAGUGGCUCAGCUUCUCCCCCAGCCCCUAGUCUCCAUUCCAACAGAAAAACUCCUGAACCAACUUCAAGAAGCUCAAGAUACACCCCAAGAGAAGCAACAGCAAUACUACAGUCAAUCCCUGAAGAAGACGAAGAGCCCACCUGUACCAAAGAGCGAAAAGCCAGAGUACAUUGGAACUGCGGAAGUUCUCCGGAUGCACUCAAGCCAAGACUCAGAAGACAAAGCAUCGGAGCCGAAGGCAGAGAGCUGAGCGGUCCCUGGUUGCAAAAGCUGCCCCCAAAGUCAAGAGUACCUUUGCCCCUACCACCUGAAGAGCAGUACCUGCUUUCCUACUGCAUAAAAAAAAUAUAAAAGAGUCCAUUAAAUAAAAUACCACCCUCCCUUAAAGAGGACUGUACCGCUCUCCCAUCAGUAGAUGGCGUGUGUUUGUUCCAAGAGAGGGGUUGGGCUGCACUGAGCCAGCCCCACUCCCCUGGAGAAAGCCCCAGUGCUACUGCUAGCGUAGGGCUUACCUGGUUCUCUUAUGUUCUA